GUAUAAAUGAAGUUUGGUAUGGUAACAUUAUGCAACCCCCAACUUUAGAAGAAUGGAUAGCAGUUAUUUCGCAUCUUCCUAAUGAUAAAACUUCAGGACCUUCGGAUAUUCACAAUGAAAUGAUCAAACACCUCGGCCCGAUUGUCCAAUCUCUUUUAUGGAAAUUGAUCACUAUGUGUUUCAACCUGAAUGAUAUUCCUUCAGAAUGGAA